CCUACCUCGCAGACGUUUGGGUGCCACCGCCGCUGCAUCCUAUUUCAGACUCUGACUGUCUCUUUUCUGUUGACUCAUUUACUCCUCAGAGACAAACCGGAGCAAAACAAGAAAAUAAAGAAAAGCGGAGGUGAGGAGGCAAGAAAGUGGCCGCUGCGGGGCGAACAACAACAAUGAGUCGCUCCUGACUAAAAUUGAAUGGAUUAACCAAUCUAUUCUGAGCUCUAAUGAGAUUAGAGACAUGGGUCGCGACGGCGUGGUACCUUUCGUUGAGCUCCUCGGGGAACAUUUUCCCCGUCAGCACUUCUCCAGACGUGGAAAUGGCUUUUUUGAUACGGAAGAUGCCGCGCGUGCCAGGGGACAAUAACAGACAUUUGGAUGCACGCUCACCUGUGCCGCUUUUCUGGCGCGCGGAUUCCUAGAAGUAGAAGUAGUAGUGGAAGUAGUAGUAGCAUUAGCUGUAGCUGUAGUAGUAGUAGUAGAAGAAGAAGUGGCAAAGGAGGACAACAUGAAGUACCAGAAAUAUAUCACGGUGAUGCAGAUGGCAAUGGGAGUGACAGCCUCCAACAAAGACUGCCUCCCCACUAAGAGACAGCUGUGGGUGACCCCACAAGAUGGAGAAACGUCCCCCCCAGGUGCUGCCGGCUGUUCAGAUGAGCCUUUAGGUGCUACAGGUGGCGCUGGUGCUAUGGCAAUGCCUGCCACCUCCACCCUCUCAUUGCCCGUUAGCCAGGGUAAACCUUCUCUGCGUCGCAUCAAAGGCCGCAUUCACCGCAGCAAGAGCCUGGACAGCAUCGACCUGCUCGACUCCAAUAGUGCAGCGAUGGAGGAAACAGUUAUAUGGGAACAGCACACAGUGACCCUUCACAGGGCUCCAGGUUUUGGAUUUGGAAUUGCCAUCUCAGGUGGGCGAGACAACCCUCAUUUCCAGAGUGGGGAGACAUCCAUUGUGAUAUCUGAUGUCCUGAAAGGAGGCCCUGCAGAGGGACUCCUACAAGAAAAUGAUCGAGUGGUGAUGGUCAAUGCAGUUUCUAUGGACAACGUAGAACAUGCCUAUGCUGUGCAGCAGCUCCGGAAGAGUGGCAAAAAUGCAAAGAUAACUAUUCGACGAAAAAGGAAAGUGCAGAUCCCUGUUUCUCGGCCAGGGGACAGGGAGACAAUGUCAGAGCACGAGGAGGAGGACAGUGAUGAGGAAGACAGUUAUGAGCCCCAGCAUGCUCGGGGUGGGCAAAGUGCCUAUGAAGGAGCAAGUGGAGGCACGAGCACAGGCAGGCGUGAUCGUGAGCGUAGCAGCAGCGGCAGGCGGGACCACAGUGCCUCGCGGGAGAGGAGCGUCUCUCCACGCUCUGAUCGGCGAUCACAAGCGUCCUCUGCUCCCCCCAGGCCUGCCAAGGUCACCCUGGUCAAGUCCCGCAAAAAUGAAGUAGAAUAUGGACUGCGGUUGGCCAGCCACAUCUUUGUGAAGGACAUCUCUCCUGAGAGCCUUGCCGCCAGAGAUGGAAACAUUCAGGAGGGAGAUGUUGUUCUUAAGAUCAAUGGCACAGUUACGGAGAAUCUAUCGCUGAUUGAUGCAAAGAAGCUGAUUGAGAGGUCAAAGGGCAAAUUGAAGAUGGUAGUGCAGAGAGAUGAGCGGGCCACACUGCUUAACAUUCCUGACAUGGAUGACAGCAUCCCAUCAGCCAAUAACUCCGACAGAGAUGACAUUUCAGAAAUACAUUCUCUGACAUCAGACCAUUCCAAUCGAUCUCACGAGAGAGGCAGUCGUUCUCGAUCACCUGACAGGCCUGAAACAUCGGACCAUCUCAGUCACUCACCUCGGCAGAUAAGCAAUGGCAGCCGUCGAAGCAGAGAUGAGGAGCGUGUAUCUAAACCAGGAGCCAUGUCCACACCAGUCAAGAGCUCUGAUGAUGGCGUCUUGUCACAGGCCAGUGACCAGGCCAGCUCCAGAGAUGACAAACUGUUACCUCCGCUGCCUGAACCAAAACCAGUUUAUGCACAACCUGGUCAGCCUGACGUGGACCUGCCUGUCAGCCCCACGGACGCCCCUGUACCCAGUGCUGCUCAUGAUGACAGCAUCCUCAGGCCGAGUAUGAAGCUGGAAUUCAAGAAGGGAGAGAGUGUGGGCCUGCGGUUAGCAGGAGGAAACGAUGUGGGGAUUUUUGUGGCUGGAGUUCUGGAGGACAGUCCUGCAGCUAAGGAGGGGCUUGAGGAGGGAGACCAGAUUCUCAGGGUGAACAAUGUGGACUUUGCAAACAUCAUCAGGGAGGAGGCUGUGCUGUUUUUGCUGGAUCUCCCACGGGGAGAAGAAGUUACUAUUUUGGCCCAGAAGAAGAAGGAUGUGUAUCGGAGGAUAGUGGAAUCGGAUGUGGGUGAUUCCUUUUACAUCAGGACACAUUUUGAAUAUGAAAAGGAGUCACCCUAUGGGCUGAGCUUUAAUAAGGGCGAGGUGUUCCGAGUAGUAGACACCCUCUACAAUGGAAAGUUAGGCUCCUGGCUUGCUAUCCGUAUUGGCAAGAACCAUCAGGAAGUGGAAAGGGGCAUCAUCCCCAACAAGAACAGAGCUGAGCAGCUAUCCAGUGUGCAGUACACCCUCCCCAAAACACCAGGGGGCGACAGAGCAGACUUCUGGAGAUUCAGAGGAUUGCGAAGCUCCAAGAGGAAUUUGCGGAAGAGCAGGGAAGACCUGUCUGCCCAGCCAGUCCAGACCAAGUUCCCUGCAUACGAGAGGGUGGUGUUGAGGGAAGCUGGGUUCCUGAGGCCUGUGGUUAUUUUUGGGCCAAUAGCAGAUGUGGGAAGAGAGAAACUGGCCAGGGAGGAGCCAGACAUUUUUGAACUAGCAAAAACACAGCAGCAACAAGGAGGGGAAAAGAGUGAACCCAGGGAUGCAGGAACCGACCAGAAAAGCACCGGCAUCAUUCGACUGCACACGAUCAAACAGAUCAUCGAUCGGGACAAGCAUGCAGUGCUGGACAUCACUCCUAACGCUGUGGACCGUCUGAACUACGCUCAGUGGUAUCCGAUUGUUGUUUUUCUCAACCCAGACACCAAACAGGGCGUCAAGACCAUGAGGACCCGCCUCUGCCCUGAGUCCAGGAAAAGUGCCAGAAAGCUCUAUGAACGAGCUCUCAAACUAAGGAAGAACAACCACCACCUCUUCACCACUACCAUUAACUUGAACAAUAUGAAUGACGGUUGGUUUGGAGCGCUGAAAGAGACAAUUCAGCAGCAGCAGAACCAGCUUGUGUGGGUUUCAGAGGGCAAGGCUGAUGGGGCAGCAGAAGAUGACUUGGAUAUCCACGAUGACCGCCUGUCUUACCUUUCGGCGCCAGGCAGUGAGUAUUCAAUGUACAGCACCGACAGCCGCCACACCUCUGAUUAUGAGGAUACGGACACGGAGGGUGGGGCCUACACCGACCAGGAGCUGGACGAGACACUGAAUGACGAUGUGGGCCCUCCCGCGGAGCCCGCCAUCACCCGCUCCUCUGAGCCUGUACGUGAGGAUCCACCUGUCAUCCAGGAGCCUCCAGGCUACGCUGGCUACCAGCACGGGGUGCAGCAGGACCCCCUGAACCGCAUCGACCCGGCAGGAUUCAAGGCACCAGCGCCGCAGCAGAAAGCAGAGGCCGCUGCUGUCCCUAGCAUCCCCCAGCAGCCUGAGCCCUUGGCUGAAACAGUGCCCCCUGCUGUGGAUGUUACUGUAAAAACUGUAGGGGGUCUGAGCCCUGACGAGUCUCCUGCAGCUCCUCACAGGCAGCCAAGUCCCAACCCAGAGGCUGGCUCCCUUAGGAGACCCACCCCUGAGCUAGCCCCUCAGAGCGUCACGCCAGAACCUCUACAGUCUGGACCGGACAGUUCAGAACCAAAGAUGUUUCAGAAGGAUCCAUACAGCACAGAUAACACAGGAAGAAUUGGCCACAGCAUGAAGCCUGUGACUUAUAACCCUCAGCAGGGAUAUCACCCUGAGCAGCCAUACAGAGAUUAUGAUCACCCACCCAGUCGGUAUGAUGUGAGCAGCAGUGGAGUCAGCAGCGGAGGUGGUUACCCAGAUCCAAAGUACCGAAACUAUGACUCUAACCUGCCCUACGAGAACAGUGUGCCUCACUACGACCAGCAACAGUGGAACCCUUACAGCCAACCGCUCUCUACUGCCAACUCCCAGGGAUACGAUCCCCGCCUGCCAUAUGGUGAGGGUCCUGACUCCCAGUACACCCCCCCUCUCCGCUACGAUGAGCCCCCACCUUCGCACGGAUUCGACGGGCGACCUCGUUACGGUAAACCGACAGGUCCAGGGCCGGUCCGUUAUGACGACCCUCCACCUCCUGCUUCAGGGCCUGACAUGCACUACAACCAGGAUUCUCACCUGAACACGUACCCCUCAGCCACUCGCUCACCAGACCCUGCAGCCCAGAGGCCUGCCUAUAACCAGGGACCAACAACGCAACAGAAGAGCUACAAACCUCAGCAGUAUGACCAUAUCCCUGUGAACUCUGAAACCAGCCCCACGCCUCCUCCCAAAGAGGCGCCCUCACCAUCACCUGCAGACGCUCCAAAGCCUGUCACAAACGAAGAUGACCCUGCAUUGAGGCCGCAGUCAGUCCUGACGAGGGUCAAAAUGUUUGAGAACAAACGCUCUGUGUCCGUCGAUAGAGCCAGAGAUACAGGAGACUCAUCUGGGAACAGGGCAGCAGACCUGCCAUUAAAAUCAGGAGGAGUGAUCCCUAAAGCAAAUUCUCUGAGCAAUCUGGAUCAAGAGAAAGCAUAUAGAGCUCCAGCGCCUCAGAAGCCUCAGUCCACAAUGGCGGAUGACAUUGUGCGCUCCAACCACUAUGACCCGGAUGAGGAUGAGGACUACUACAGGAAACAGCUGUCUUACUUUGACAAGCUCCAAGCUCCAAACAAACCGCAGCCACAAGCACAAACAAGCAACAACUACCCCAGGACAGAGACACUGGAAAAACCUAGUCCAGUGGAGAAAAAAUAUGAACCAAUUCCCCAGGUGACGCCCUCUCUGCCACCAGCAAUACUGCCCAAACCUGCACCUGAAGCCAAGCCUUCUGGGCGAGAGGACACUGUCCAGACCAACUUCCUGCCUCACAAGAGUUUCCCUGAGAAAUCUCCAGUUAAUGGAACUAGUGAACAGCCUCCAAAAACUGUCACUAGCAGUGGGGCUCCACCAGCAUCCACCUUCAACCGCUAUGCACCCAAGCCCUACACAACGUCUGCCAAGCCGUUUGCACGCAUGUUCGACAGUCCUAAAUUCAACCACAACCUUCUUCCCAACGACAAGCUGGAUACUGCCUCAAAGGGCCGGAGCACCAGCCCAGUGAAGUCCGUGAUCCCCCCACAGUCUCAAAACAUAGACCAUGACAGUGGUUUGGACACUUUCACACGCACCAUGGACCACCGCUCCAAAAACCAGCAUAAUAACAUCAACGCUGUGCCAAAGGCCAUUCCAGUGAGCCCCAGUGCCCUGGAUGAUGACGAGGAUGAGGACGAGGGCCACACAGUGGUUGCGACAGCUAGAGGAAUCUUCAAUGCUAACGGUGGAGUCCUGAGCUCCAUUGAGACAGGUGUUAGCAUAAUCAUCCCACAGGGUGCCAUCCCUGAUGGUGUGGAGCAGGAGAUCUACUUCAAGGUCUGCAGAGACAACAGCAUCCUGCCACCACUCGACAAGGAGAAAGGGGAGACUCUGCUCAGCCCUCUGGUGAUGUGUGGACCUCAUGGCCUCAAGUUUUUGAAGCCUGUGGAGCUACGCUUGCCUCACUGUGCGUCUAUGACCCCUGAUGGUUGGUCUUUUGCUCUAAAAUCCUCCGACUCCUCGUCGGGUGACCCAAAAAGCUGGCAGAACAAGUCUAUCCCCGGAGACCCCAACUACUUGGUGGGAGCCAACUGUGUCUCUGUGCUCAUUGACCACUUUUAAGACGGACCGGCAGGUGUUACUGAAUGUGGAGUCAUGUUGGGUUGUAAAAGUGAAGACGAUGGAUACACACGCGCACACACGCACACACACACACACACACACACACACACACACACACACAGACAGACGCACUCCAAUUAUACGUACACACGACAUAAUGGAGCAUGAAGACCCGGUCAGUGCUGUUUACUGCAACCACAGAUGAAGGCAAGACACUGAUGAAGGUUACAAGCUGUUCUUUGAACUCUUUCCCCAUUUUUGAAGUUUUUUGAUGUGAAAUGAAACCAAUAAUGCAUGCAACGCCCCAUGCCACUGAGGAUUGACACUAUAUAUUGUAAGGCAAUGUUCGAUGUCAUUUUUACAUGAAUAUAGAUGGAUGGCCUUUGAGGCAGCAUACAGGCUUCAAAGAUCUGUGUGGGUAUAUUUAUGCUAUAUAUGCAUACAGUAUAUAUAGUAGAAUAGAGAAGAUUUACUAAAAAAAAAAAAAAGUACUUAUGAACUCAACUACAAGUCAACAUCUUGUUAUUUUUCAGUAACUUUAAAAGAACAUGUUUUUUCCAACUUUAAAUGAAGGUUUAAGACAGUCGUCAGGUAAUAAUGAUGUUUUCGAGAAUCUUUUAAAGGAGUUGGCAAAAGCUGGAAAUGAACCCAAGCAGCACACUUUUAGAGACGUUCUUCCUUCAUUCAUAACUUUUUAUUCUUUCUUUCUCCUAAAGUAAUAUCAUGUAGCUUCAUUUCUUACUGAGUCUCUCCUUCCAGCCUGAGGGAGAUCUAUGCAUGUUCUUUACUCAGGUCCUCAGUUUCUUCCUCACAUAUCUCUCGCUUUUUCUCUCUUCUUCCUCUCUCUUUCUCUCCUCUUCCUCUCUCUCUCUCUCUCUCUCUCAGUGCACUCUUGCACUCACACAAAUAAGCAGUGAUGCCUUAUCUGCAGAUUAUUCACUUUUCAUUACAAUGAAAAAAAUAAGUUAUGAUAAAUUAUGGUAUAUGUCAUUUGUUUUGCCAUUUCUUUGAGAACCCACUGUAUAAAUGAACGGGUUUAGCACACAGUAACAGUUGAUAAAGGAUAACAAAGGUAUGCUCUUCUUUUAUCUGCUAUGCAUUACUUAAAAAAAAAAAACAAGAGAAAAGAAGCAGCUGUAAAUAAAGCUAGCAUAUUGCCUUGUUUCUUUUGUUUGUAAAUGAACUUUUUUGUAUGUCUUUUUUUUUGUAUAAAACUUAGAGAAAAACUUGUUUUAAAAAGUGGAAGAAAGUGACGGUGGUUAUCUUUGUAUUCUGGAUAUACCCUCGAGCCUUUGAACUUGUAACCUGACAUUAAUACAUCACACCUUUUCUACCGAUAAAUUCGCCCCAUGAUGAGGUCACAAAGAAAGUCUUUUUAUGGCUCUUUAAGGAUGAGGAAUGUGCACGGGCUACAACACAUUUAAAACAUGUUCUUUUGACAGGGUGUGCUCUCAAAGUGUCCCCCUCACUGAUUUGUGAUACUGGAUGCUGUAUUGUGUGCCCUUAAAUGUAUUUUUGUACUAAUAGACAAUAUAUGAUGUAUGGCACACCAGUACCAUUUUAUUUUUAGAUAUAACACGGCUUUAAUUGGAUAUUAGCUCUUCACGUGUGGCUGACUUUUUUUUUUUUUCUCUUCUGCAACACAAUUUUAAGUAUACCAACCUAUUAAUAAAUAAAAUCAUUUUUAAAGUAAA